AAGAGGAAGCGCGGUUGUCCCUGACGUCAUUAGAUGUGUAAUAAUAAUAAUUUCAUAUGCUGAUAAACUUAAUAAAGUUAAAGAGUGUGCGUGUGAGAAUGAGCUAUUAAAUAUUCAAAAAUGUUGAAAUUUCUGUUUAUUAUUACUGUAAUCUCGCUCCAAAAUAUUUACACACAAGAGAUUAUUGGAAACUCUUGCACCCAUGAAUCGUCCAACUCUCCCGGACUAUGCAAACUUUUAACCCAAUGUAAGGAGAUUCGAGAUCAAGUAGUGUUUUUUCACAAACUGCCCCAAACUUGUGGCUUCGAAGGGACACAAGCCAUAGUUUGCUGCCCAAAGACUCGCCGACCAGGUUCCAUAAGUGAAAGCAAAUGUCUAGAAUAUGUUUCGUAUACACAAGAGAAAGAAAUAUGCGGACACAAAAUUGUAAAGCGCAUCGUUGGAGGAGAUCGGGCUGGAAGCGCCGAGUUCCCGCAUAUGGCGCUGUUGGGAUAUCAGAGCAAGAAUUCUGACAAUUUACGGUGGUUAUGUGGAGGGUCACUAAUCAGUGAGCAGCAUGUUUUGACAACAGCGCAUUGUCUGUUUACAUCACAUCAAUUUGAUGGACCAAAGUUGGUGUUGUUAGGGGUCACAAAUAUCAACGACCCCAACCACAGACAAGAAAUAAAAGUUGUAGAGAAAGUGGCACAUCCAGAUUACAAAAGAGGCAGUGUCUAUAACGACAUAGGACUCGUAAAACUGGAGAAACCAGUGGAAAUGACUUCGUAUGUACGUCCGGCUUGUCUGUAUACAGACUCUGUCAUCCACGUCACAGACGGGAUUGCUACAGGCUGGGGUUCUACAGAAUCUGUGGGCAGGAGCAAGAGUGAAAAUUUGCUGAAAGUAACACUAAAAAUUAUAGACCACCAGACCUGCAGUGACAGUUACAAAAACGCCACGAAUCUAGACAAAGGAAUUGUAAAUGACAUACAAGUUUGCACGGGAGGAGGUAAUGAACGCAAGGAUACUUGUCAGGGUGACACUGGUGGUCCGAUACAAAUAUAUCACAGUAGCGACGCCACAUUGUGUACGUAUGAUGUAGUAGGCCUGAUCUCGUUUGGAAGAGCAUGUGUUGGUGCCCCAUCUGUAAAUACUCGAGUGUCGUAUUACAUUAAGUGGAUUGAAGACAUAGUUUGGCCAGACAACAGUCAAUAACAUCGUUUGUUUAAAAAAAUAUAUAUAACAGUUUUCCAGUUAACACUCUGUAUAUUACUUAC